AUGCAUACCAGCUCCCUCCUCGUUGCCGCCUUCGUUGCGGCGGCGUCCGUGGUCAGCGCCGAGCCUGCGCGGCCGAAGAUCUACUUCCCUCGCCAGAUCAAGCGCCAAUAUGUGAACGCCACCAUCACCCAGGCCGACCCUCACCCGCCCCCGAGCCCGACGACGCUUGCCGACCUGACAGACUCGACCGACUCGGAAACGACGAAACGCGAGACCACGUCCUUCUCUCGCCUUUUCCAGGGUCUUCCCGAUCCCUUCGCUUCCCUGAAGCCCUCAUCCAACUCCGGGUCGUCUUCCGGGUCGUCUGGCUCAUCUGGCAGCGGCGUCACCACUGUUGUCCGAGUAAGCACCGUCGUGGUCUCUCCCUCGACGGGCACGCCCACGUCAGGCGACUCUACGUCGUCUGGCUCGUCGGACUCGUCUGAGUCUGGCGACGCGACGGUGCCCGUCAACACGACAGCAAAGCCUACGGCCUCGUCAUCGGAUAUCGUGAUUGCUCCCACCGGUAUCGUCACCUCUUCGUCGAAAGCAUCCUUGGACCCGCUGGCACCGAUCCAAACCGCUGUCAGCGGCAUUAUCUCGGGCGUUAGCAGCGUUCUCGCUCCUUCCCAGAAUGCCACGGAGCCCAGUGAGACGAGCACUCCGGUCGUCGUCGUUACCACUGCGCCGGGAUCAGUCACCUCCUCUGCCGCGGUUACCGAGACUCCCUCGCCGACCGACACUCCACUGAUCAGUCUGUCCGUUUCUGUUCCUCUGACGAUCAGCACUCCGAUUGUCACGGUGUCGGAGCCCACUGCCAACUCUACGGCCCCGACCGAGGAGCCUACCCAGCCUACCCAGGAGCCGACGAGUCCCACCGAUCUCCCUACGGGUCCCACCCCUACUGAUCCGCCGGUUAUCACCAACGGUACGACUGAGGUCCCUCCGCCGACGACGACAGAGCCGCCUACCUCGGUCCCUACCACGGUGCUGCCUCCUCCGACCACCGAGCCUACGGUGCCUGCCAAUUCCACCGAGCCCGCCCCGACCUCGAUCCCUGAGACCACUCUCCCGCCGACGGACACGGUCCUGCCCGAGCCCACGUCGGUCCCUACCAACAACGGCACGACCAACGGCACGGUUCCCGAGCCCACUCUCAACCCGCCCGAGACGACGGCGCCGCCCGAGACCAGCACUCCGCUGACGAGCAUCCCGGCCACCGGUACUAUCAGCGACUCCCAGCCCUGGAUUCCGACCACCAUCAUCGUGCAGGCCCCGACGACGACGCCUACCAACUCUGGUUUGGCCCCGACGGCGACCGCUGGAAUCCCGACUGGUCUGCCCAAGGCUAUCACUCCUGACAGCGGCAACCAGCCGAUUCCCGACGACACGAUGGAGAUCCAGAUCGCGUUUGGCCACGGUCUGAACUACGACUUCGUUGCCAAGACCCCCAGGGCUGCCGCUCAGGUGCUGAAGCUCGUCCCGCCCAUGCUCAGCUACUCGUCUGGCUUUGAUGAGAGCAAGGUUGUCGUCCGCAAGCUGGUGCCGCUUGACACGAUCGAGCAGAACGGCUAUGUCACGACGCUGGCCAUUACCACCUACCCCAAGUCGCAGGUGGAGCAGCUGCGCCUGGACAUGCACGCGCCCAACGCCGGUAUCUGGCAGAACCCCGACCAGCUGGUCUACAACAUGUCCCAGCAGGUCAACCCUGCUAUCGACAUCAUCCUCGGCUCGACUCUCGACUGGAACGCACCCGGCGCGGGCAGUGGCUCAGGCUCGUCGAACAACGGCCCCAGCGACGGGCUCAACAAUGACGACCCGGCGAACAAGCAGACGGCAUCCCAGAAGGGCACGUCGGCUGCUAUUGCCGUCGGUGCCGUCGGUGUUGCUGCUGCGUACGGUGCGGCCAUGUUCAUCAUCGCCCGGAGAUACAAGAAGAAGAAGGCUUCUCACCGCCGCGCCAGCUCGCUCAGCAGCCCAUCCGAGAUGCGUGAGGCGGCCGGCAGCCCGCCCCUGAUGGGUGGCGCUCUUCUGAGCCGAGACUUUACGUCGAGCUACGGAGGAGUCGCUGGUGGCGCUGCUCCCGGUGGCCGCGACAGCCACGGCAGCCAUGGCAGCAACGGCAGCGGGCGUAGCGCGGGCAACAACUCGGGACGCACGGCCAUGAUCUCGGCGCCCGUUGCUGCCGAGAACUCGCUGGGGUGGAACUGA